GAAGAGAAAGCAAAGGUUAAAAAAAAACAAGUAAAAUGGAGGAAGGAGCCGAGGCUGGGACGGGGACCAGUGUUGAGGACAGGUUGAAGAUCAAGAGCAGUGAGCCUGAACCCUCUGACUGUCUGUCUGUGGGAACUGACGGGUCAAUGGAGCCUCCCAUUGGAUUCAAACAGGAGGACAGGCUCAAAGAGGGGAGACGAGACUCAGCGUCCUCUGGCAUCCUGUCCAUGAAAACAGAUCACUCCAUGGAGCCUCCUCUGGGAUUCACAAGGGACACGACUAACACGCUGCAGGCGGAGAUGAGCGAGUUGGCGUCGGACUGUCCGGCAGAUAAAACAAAGGAGCAUCAGAAACCUGAGCUCAGCACAGACUCUUCUCAGAGGCUCAAAGAGGGGAGACGAGACUCAGCGUCUUCUGGCAUCCUGUCCAUGAAAACAGAUCACUCCAUGGAGCCUCCUCUGGGAUUCACAAGGGACACGACUAAAACGCUGCAGGCGGAGGCGAGCGAGUCGGCCGCGGACUGUCCGGCACAUAAAACCAAGGAGCAUCAGAAACCUGAGCUCAGCACAGACUCUUCUUAUAGUCACUGUUUCAGGGUGCUUCUGGCCGGAGAUGCAGCUGUUGGGAAGACCUGCCUGAUGCAUCGAUUUUUGAGUGGCACAUUUGAAUCAUUUAUGCCCAACACAGAACGUGAUAGAUGUCACAAAACUGUUGAGCUUUAUGGGAAGAGAGUCAAACUGAUGAUUAUUGAUGUUGCUGGCCAAGAGAGGUUCCGCACUCUCAACACCUCAUACUACAGAUUAUCGCAUGGCUUCAUCAUCAUCUAUGAUGUGACUAACAAGAGCUCCUUUGACAAUUUAAAAACCUGGCUGUGGGACAUUGAGACUCGCUGUGAUAACGACAUCUUCAAAGUGCUGGUGGCAAACAAAACUGACCAGACCGUAAACAGAGAGGUGGACAACACUGCUGCUCAGAAGCUAGCCUCUGGACAUGACAUGCCUUUCAUAGAGACGAGUGCUUUGACGGGUGACGGGGUGGACGAGGCUUUUCUCACCGUAACACAAGCAAUCAUGAAACACAGAGGCCUCGACCAGCUUCACACUGAACCAGCUGAAGCCCGUGGAAAGCAAACAGCAAAAUGCCUGGUUUCAUGAAACAAAUCUUGCCUUUUCUUAGAUUUUCUAAGAAAUGAUCAAAGCUUGUGACCUGGUGGGGAUAACGAGGGAUUAAAGCUCUUUCCUCUCUCAACGUGAUGGUGCUCAGGUGACGCAGUUAAACCAUCAACUGGUUGUACUGGGCAGCUGCCACUCUGAGUGUGUGUGAAAAUGUUAAUAAAAGUCUAUGCAAUGUUUUUUUUUUUUUUUUUUUUUCAAUUAUGAACUCUAGUAUUCAUAUGUACGAUGCUGUAUUAGGGCCACCAAUGUUAAUGUUAUUAUUAUGUUUUUUUUUUCUUUCUUUUGCAUCAUAUACAAAUACAGCAGUUAGAUAAUAAUGACAAAUGAGACAAAAUUGCUGAACUUAAAUAAACAUUUGGAAACCCCUUGGAUAAGAUGUGAAACGUCUUCCUAAGACAAAUACAAGUCCAGUUGCCUACGAUUCAAUUUUGCCCAAAGAGAACGAUGACCUGGAUAAAUGAGAAUAUCCGUCGACAUGCCCUCAGAGAUGUUCUCCUGCAGACCUCGGCUGGAACAAGAGGUUCUUUGAGUUCCUGUUGCCGUUCUAUCAGCUCCAACCAGUCUGGCCGUUCUCCUGGGACCUCUGGUAUCAACAAGGUGUUUUGUCAUGGAGAACUGCCGCUCACUGGAUAUUUUCUCUUUUCUGGACCGUUCUCUGUAAACCCCAGAGAUGGUUGUGUGAAAAUCCCAGCAGAUCAGCAGCUUCUGAAACACUCAGACCAACAACCAUGCCACAUUCAGAGUCACUUAAAUCCCCUCUCUUCCCCGUUCGGAUGCUUAGUUUGAACUUCAGCAGAUCCUCUUGACUAUGUCUACAGGCCUAAAUGAACUGAGCUGCUGCCAUGUGGUUGGCUGAGUAGACAUUUGUGUUACCGAGUAGUUAAACAGGUGUACCUGAUGAAGUGGCCAGUGAGUUUAUAUUGUGUACACAAGGCAAAAUACUGUUCUGUUUUGUGCACAGUUUUUUAAUGUUUUGAUUGUAUGCAUUUGUUUUCCAUCUUUUAAACUUUAUUUUUUAAGUCAGACAAUCCUGUGAGAGAUUUUUGUCUCGUUCUCCUAAUUAUUUGAAAUUUUAUGUAGAGCAACAGUGAAAAUGAAGCAUUCUUCAAAAACAAAAAACAGCAAAAUACUACCAAAUGUAUGUAGAAAAUGUAGCUACUUCACAUGUAGCUAACUUUAACCCUAAUGUGUUUUAUUGACCAGAACAGACCAAUCAGUGUUUUAGGCCAACCCUCAGUUUGGUAUCGUCCAUAUAGUUGCCUUUUGAGAAAUAAUAUUGCGUGUCUUAAUAUCUAGACAGUUAUAUUUUGUUCAGUCCUUAUUUCAGAUGUUGGAUCCAUCUCCAAGUAAAAAAAGUAGCCAGUUCCAGCACACACUUUUUCAUUGAUUCUGCAUUAAUUUAUUUCAGGGAGUUAGUCUACGUUUCGGUUACAAGAAUGUUUCCUAAGACAUACCAGCUCCCAAGUGACACAGUGCUGAGGUACAGUCCAUAAUUUCAUAACAAGCCACAGCUGCGUUUGAGGGGUGUCAGUUAUUACAAGCAAAUUAG